CUAUCUUCUCGAACGCCCAUGGACGACGAGCAGCGCUUGCGCGCAAACCACGUCCAAUCAAUCCAGCGCAGCCCGUUCGCGCGAAGGCCGGAGAGAUCAAAAGCUUGCUCUGAAUCGUUCUCAGGGUCGUUCCUGGCGCCUCCAGGCUACGGACGCCGGACGUCGCCCGGCCGGCGUGCUAAAUACGCUGUCACGAAACUCAUCAGCUUGCCAAUGUACCAUUCAAAUGAUCCGCAUCGUCUCUCAAGGUGCAACACAAACCGUCUUAGAGAUCGCCUUACUUCGAAACCGAGUUCUGGCAGCUGCGAAUACAAAUGCAGGUCACCCCGAUUCCGGCAUACACAGCGAUAAAUCACAUCGCAAUUUCACGUAUUCGUCACAGCGAAAUCGCUCAUCGAGCGAUCGCCCAUGUCGACGACAGCGUGUCCUUUCUUCUUCAUUCAUCGC